GCCUUGGGAAAAUCACAGCUCCCAUCUCCUAAAUAAAGAGCAUUCAAGGAGAAGAGCUUGAGCUUGAAUUUAGGCCAGUUUGGAGAGAUGGGUGUCAAGGUUCUUCAUUUUCUUGUCUUCCUGCUUGCUCUUUCUUGUUCAGGAACAUCUGUUAGAGUAUCAUCUGGUGGGGGGAGAUUAUCUUCUUCUCCAGCCAAUCACCUGCCGUUUUUGAAACGAAACGGCGCAUCUCAUAUCGGGAUUUCAGAUGAAGAUUACAGGUUAUUAAGAGAGAUUUGUGGGAAAGGUAGGGAUGUGGAUUUAUACAUAAGCAUGAAGAACAUAGUACCCGUAAGCAAAUCCAAAGCUUUAGCCGUUGAUUGGGUUCAAAGAGAAGUUUCGACCUUGAAUCGAUGCACAAACAUAAGCAGCAUCGUUGUAAACAGUGAAAUAAUGAAAAAGAAUCACCUCCCAUUGCUCUUGCCAGCCAUAAAGGCCAUCGAUUCAGCUCUUGCAACUCUGAAACUUGAUCCUUCCAUUGGAUUAUCAGCUUCCUUCUCAUUGCCUUUCAUUGAGGAUUGCUUUAGAACGCCUCAGAAGCCUUCCUCUCGGAACUUCAGAGAUGUUCUAGCCCAAGUAAUUGAUUUUCUUCAUGGGCCCAAAUGUUACUUAACGCUUGAAGCUUCUUGUGGCGAGGAAUUGGGUCUUGAUGAUUGUUUGGCCAAUUUGACAACUCGGGCUAUCUCUGUUCUUCCUGAUCAUGAUCUCCCACUUCAGAUCAAUUUAAGAAGAUUCCCAUCUUCCAGUCCCAUCUCUUUCUUUACAGAGAAACCUUUGGUUGAAGAGUUCAAACAGAAAGAAUUGAAUCACGGAGAAAAACGGCUACCGCCAUCUUUGCAUAGGGAGCUUCUCUAUAGUGCAUCAGAAUACAUCAAUGGCAUGGCCCAAUCGCACAUUGACACUCCAGCGUCGGUUCCUGUGAUCAAUCCAAUGACUCCAACAACGGCCACUCCUGUGGUGACCCCACUCACACCCUCACCUCCAACAACAAUGACGCCUAUCACAACUCCAAUGACAACCCCUCCUGCAUCAUCAGGCAUGACAAACCCUCCUCCAUCAGGCAUGACAAACCCUCCUGCAUCAUCAGGCCAGAGUUGGUGUGUCGCAAGCCAAAGUGCUUCUGAGACAGCCUUGCAGGUCGCCCUGGACUAUGCUUGCGGCUAUGGCGGCGCAGACUGUUCGGCAAUCCAAAAGGGUGGAAGCUGUUUCAAUCCGGAUACACUUCGGGAUCAUGCAUCCUAUGCAUUCAAUGACUAUUACCAGAAGAACCCGGCUCCAACUAGCUGCAAUUUCGGAGGAACAGCUGUGCUUACAAACACUGACCCAAGCACUUCAACAUGUCAAUAUCCAUCGUCAAGCCCAACCUCAUCUGUUAUAAACACGACAAAUCCAACCGGAUCGACAGUCUUCGGACCAGAACCACCAGGUUCCUUUAGCGCAGCCUCAUCGUUGCAGAGCUGGACAAUCAUUGUCACCUUGGCAUGCCUUCUCAUGUUGCUAAUCGCCGUAGAUCAUCUCUAGGGAGAUGGCACUGAAACAACGAUGCUCUUUGCAACAGGAAGACAACUCGCUCACAGACUACUGGUAUCAAAGGAAAUACUCGUGAAUAGGUGAAGGAAUGCAUUUCCAGUGGGCGUUAUCAGUGUUAAAUCAUCAAACUCGAUCACAAACGCUUUUUGAUCAAGGAACGCAGAAAACAUAUACCAGAGAUCAACGUAAUCUGAUGGCUUCUUGUAUCAUUAGAUGCUGUCAAAAAUAGUUAGUAGCACUAGUACCCUUCUUUGUAGUGUUAACAGAAUAAAUCUUCAAGUUCAUGUAGAGAAUAAAUCUUCAAGUUCAUUAGCCGUAGGAAUGUAGGCUAUUGGUAACUUAUAUAACUCUCUUGUAUGGCUCUUUUAUUUUAG